GAGCCUGCGGCCCCCUCUCUCUGCAGGGACGCUCGAUCGACAGCAGCUCCCCAAGGUUUGUCCGUGUGGCAGCGGGCGCCGGCCGGGAACCCCGAGGGAUCCACCGCUGCCCUGGCUGCGGGUGGCCGAGGAGAGGCCGGUUCGGGCCGGGAGGAUCGCGGUGCGGAGAUGGGAGCGCUGGUCUGAGCUCUGCGAGAGACCCCCGGGUGCGGAGCCCAAACCCGCAUCCCCCAGCUGGGACGAGGAGGAAUAAACCAGAGGUGACCCGGUUCCGUCCCACGGGAGCGCUCCUGGCAGGCUCGGUGCCUGGGAGGAGCGAGGAUGGCUCAGGAGACAAACCAGACGCAGGUGCCUCUGCUGUGUACCACGGGCUGCGGCUUCUAUGGCAGCCCCCGGACCAACGGCAUGUGCUCCGUGUGCUACAAGGAGUUCCUGCAGAGGCAGCAGAGCAGUGACCGGAUAARCCCUCCAGCACCCAGUGGUCCCAGCAGCAGCCCCAUGGCUUCCGAGGCAAUCGCAGGGCAGCACGUGGAGGGAGACUCCACACCUGAGGAUGUGAAAGCCAGCGCUCAGACUCCUGUGACCCAUCAGAUGACAGCCAUGAGCAUAUCCAGAGAGGAAACCAGCAAUGAGACAGAGGAAUUCAGCAAGACAGACGAAGCCUCUUCAGCUUCUUCCUCRUCAGGUACCCUGCUUGAGAUAYCCCAGAACACGGCUGAGGGCAAGACGGCUUCGGAGAAACCGAAACCGAAGAAGAACCGCUGCUUCACCUGCCGGAAGAAGAUUGGGCUGACUGGCUUCGACUGCCGCUGUGGGAACCUGUUCUGUGCCAUUCACCGGUACUCCGACAUGCACGCCUGCCCCUACGACUACAAGGCAGAAGCUGCCGAGAAGAUCCGCAAGGAAAACCCCAUCGUUAUCGCCGAGAAGAUCCAGAAGUUGUGAAGGGGUCUGAGCAGCUCGAACUGCAGCCAGGCGGCCUGGUGCUCCUCCCCUUCCUCCCAGCCUUCCUCCUCCUCCUCCCAGCCCCUGCCACGGUGUGAGGGUGACUCCGGCAGCGCACACGAACCGGCACCUGGACAUGGGGACUCCUCGCACCCCUCUGGCAGUCAGUCGGUGUUCCUCCUCUCCCUCCCUGCCUGUCCGACAGCCACAGCUCAGCUGAUGUGUUCUCAACCAGCUUCCCAAAGGAAAAGGGACCGUCCUGCCCCGCUGCUCCAGCGCCAAGACCUUCGGACUCGCCUCUUGCCGGCCGGUUUGCACGGUGUGAGCGGCCGGGCUCUGCCGGGCAGCCUUUCCCUUCCCAGCAGCUCCGAGUCCUGCRAACCACCCAGGACUUGUGGCCGGAGUCCCUGAGCAGCUGCUGGACCCUGUUCCCUUUGCCCCACCGCUUGUAAACCCGGGAGCUGGGGGAUCCUGGCAGCCUGGCUGCCGUCUGCUCCCCGGGAAGUGUUUGCUCUCAGAUGCAGAAAAGUUGAUUCCGUAGUUCCAACACCCCAGAUUCCCCCUCCCCGCCCUCAGUGACGCCGUUGGAGAAGCACCAAGGGGGUUGAGCAGUGAUGCUGGCACAGGGGUGUUAUUUUGURGCUUGAAGUGAUGUGGGCAGGGCAGGACCUUCUGGGAGGUUCUGCUCGCUGCCUUGUGCCUCUGCCUGCAGGGAGGGAAGCAGGGACACCCCUGCUCCAGCCUCCUGCUUCAGCACCCCUGGAUAACCCCGGCUGCUUUCCCAGCAAGGUGUGUGUCCCUCAGCGCUGCCUGUGCCUCCUCUCUUCCCUCUCCCUUCUUUCCCCUCCCUCUCCCUCCCCUCUCCCUCCUCUCUCCCUGCCUUCUGCCUUACACAAGUCGCUCUCAUCAGGGUUGUGCACAAAGCUCAGGUCCCCACACCUCUGCUUCUGGACCUGUCCCUGCAUCCAGGUGACAGUGGGGUCCCCUCCUCCUCGUGGGCCAUGCUGGUAUUGGGGAGAGCUCGAGGAGUCCACCCAGCUGCCCUCUCUGCCUCCUCCCUCCCGUGGGAUGAGAGGCAGGUCCAGUUCCCCUGGAUAUGCUCUGCAAGCCAGACAGAGGGAACUGGGGCAUAAGGAAAGUCACCAGGAGGGUCCCAAGGGUGCCCAGAAGUGCAGGUGGGGGCUCAGAAACACCCAUGGAGAGUCCCAGGCAGCGGUGCUUGGAGGGCUCUGGGUCCAGUGGGAGACUCAUAGAAUUCCCCGAGGUGCUGGAAGGCCCAGGGAGGGCUCCGGGGUGCAAGGGAAGGCAGAAGGACAACUUCUGGGGUAUGGUGACCAUGCUCASAGGCCUCGAGCACCCCAAAAGACACCUGGAAGGCUCUGGGGAUGCACACACUCACACACAUGAAGGGAGGUGUAGGAAAAGCCACAUGCCAUCUCAGUACCACUCCAGAAAGCACCUGGAGGGCUCCGUAGGGAAGAGCCGGGGCUCGGGGAUGCAGCAGUUCCUGGGGUCCCUGGAAGCACCAGGAGCAAGGUUGUGGCCACGGGGCUCUGCCUCUCAUGAGCAGAGAAACCUGGAUGUGUCCCAGAGGAGAAGCAGCAGCUUCUGUCCCACUGCUGGCCAUCCCAUGCUUUGGAAGCGUUUCCCUUGGUGUCAGAGAGCAGAGCCAAAGGGCCUGCAGCAGCUCCUUCCUUCCAAGGGCUGUUUUCCUGCCCUGCUGGUGGCAGUUCUGCUCCAGUGCAGGUGGGGGGAUCCUUCUGAGUGUUUGGUUGUUCCAGUGUGAUCCAGCCAAAGCAGUGUKUGCUUGUGCCAGCUGCCAUCCUGUGGUGUCACCGGGAGCAUCCAGACCUCCCAAACCGAUGCAAACCCCACUCCAGCACAGAGAGGAGCGAGGCUGCCUCUUGCCAGCCUUUUCCUCAGGUUUUUCCUUCUGGAUAACGUUGACAUUUUGUCUGGAGCAUGCCAGUGGCUGCACGUGUCACCCCUGGGCAUGCUGGGGCCCUCAGUUUGGAGCUGGURUGUGGCCAGGCUGGGUUUGCCACUGAACUUUUGGCUGAGGGUGAUCCCUCGCUCUCAGGGGAAGCAGGAAUUGCAGCCACCAGCCCUGAGGAAGUGCAGCAGCUCCMGUGGAUCUGUUGGGAAAGCCCACAGCCACCUGCUUCUCCAGCACUGCCCUUUUCCCUGUUCCUUCCUCCCUGACCAUGAGUGUAAAUACAACACAGUCUAGUUUGCUUGGA